AUGGCGGCGAAGAACGUGCUUCGCAGAGCAGUGCUCUAUGGUACCACACCCCCGCUCCCUGGAUCCUCACAGCGGUUCCUUGACAAAUCCCGGAGCCUCACCGCCGACUGCAUCGCCUACGACCUCGAAGACAGCGUGACGCCCGCGAAGAAGGCCGAAGCGCGCACGCUCGUCCGCAAAGCCCUGGACCAGGACUCACCUCCAGGCAUCAAAGAGCGGGCGGUGCGGAUAAACAGCGUCGGCAGCGGCCUGGCGCUCGGGGAUUUGGAGGAAGUGGUCAAGUCGCCGAACCUGACGACGCUGGUGGUGCCCAAGGUGGAGAGCGCGAGCGACCUGACUUUUAUCAGCGACGUGCUCGCCCACUCACGCUCGAGGGACCACUUGCAGGAGAAAGGGGAGAUCAGCGUGCUGGCCCUGAUCGAGUCGGCCAAGUCGCUGCUCAACCUGCCCGAGAUCUGCCGCGCGGCGCCGCACCUGCUUCAGGGCCUGGUGUUCGCGGCCGAGGACUUUGCGCUGGACAUGAGCAUCACGCGCACCCCUUCGCUCACCGAGUUCCUCUACGCCCGCCAGUUGAUCGCCACCGCGGCGCGCGCCCACAACCUGCCCUCGACGAUGGACCUGGUCGCGACGGCCUUCCGGGGCGAAGGCGACGAAGACUCCCUCGUGCGAGAGUGCGAGGAAGGGAAACGCAUGGGCUACAACGGCAAGCAAUGCAUCCACCCGUCCCAGGUGGCCACGGUCCAGAGAAUCUUCUCCCCGAGCGACAAGGAGGUCGAGUGGGCCGUCAGGAUCGUCAUUGCCCAAAGGAGGGCCGAGGAGAUGGGCAAAGGCGCCUGGAGUCUCGACGGCAAAAUGAUCGAUAAGCCCGUCGAGGGGAAAGCGGAGCGCAUUGUCGAAAAGGCUGCCUUGUGCGGCAUGGAUGUGCAAGGGUUGAAGGACAAGUGGAAGGAUCAGAUGCCCGAAUGA